GGCGGACAAGCGCUCGCAUGAGUUGAUGGCGAUGGCGUUGAAGGAGAGCUUCAAGAUCGAUCUACGAGCAAGCCUGCCCAUCGUCCACGAGAAAUCAGAGAAAGAACAAGUCAUUCAAAAUCAUGUGGCAGCACCUCCUCCCCAACGAUAUUCCAGAGGAGCACAAAGGCACAGGGAGACGGAGGGCGAACGAGAGGAACGUGGUGAAAGCGAUGAAGGUCACAGAAGGAACAGAAACAGACAGGUUGGCUUCGAACUUAUCCGGACCAUGGAGGCACGACGACCCAUACCAUUUCUUGUGUUCAUGUUGUCGAAAGGGAAUUCUACUGUUUCGCCCGGUUGAGCCAUGUGUACAGCUCUGAUACUAUAGACUCUCUCUCGACAUGUUCCAUAUCGUUUUGCUCAUUGAUCAUUGACGUUAUUCCUUGUAUUGAUAUGACACCGUGAUUAGUUAUAAAAGUGAUUGAGGUUAAUAAACUUCUUGUUUUCUGUUC